CAUAGGGCUGGGAGAGCCGGGCCGGCGCCGUGGGUCCUUUCGUGCCGCGGGAGGCCUGGCUUUCCCCGCUCCCACCGGGGUCGUCGGGAGCGGAGCCGGUGGGAGAGUUUGAUGGCGUCGCCUAGCAGCGGCCGGCGCCGUCCGCGGGCAGCGGUGCUGCAUUGACUUUCAAACGUAUGGGACAUCAAUGUGGCCCAGAGCAACCAGAUAAUAAACUGUAAGCUCAACAUGGCACCCAUUUUAGAUUGGAAGAGACUUAUGAAGGUUGAUCCAGAUGCUCUGCCUAACCAAGAGAAGCUAGCAGAAAAACUGCUGGAGACCAUGUCCAAGGUGGAUGGAAAAGACUUAAAGAUGGAAACUCCAGAACAGCUAAUACAGCUGUUCAAAAUUACUCAGUCACUGCUGAAGAUGAAAGCUGAAGAGGUAGAGUUGGCACUAGAAGAAGUUGAAAAAGCUGGGGAAGAACAGGCCAAAUGUGAAAAUCAGUUUAAAACAAAACUGAUGAAGCUUGAAAAUGAACUGAAGGUGGCACAGAGAUCUGCUGGUGGUCGUGACACUCGUUUUCUGCGUGAUGAGAUCCACCAGCUGGAAAAGCAACUGGAACAAAAAGAGAGACAAUUAACCGACACAGAAAAAGAACUGGAGAAAGAGAAGAAAGUGAAUGAACAGCUUGCUCUUCGGAAUGAGGAUGCUGAAAAUGAAAACAUCAAAUUAAGGAGGGAGAACGAGCAGCUGCGCCAGGAUGUGGCUGACUAUCAGAGGGAAAUAGAUUCCCAGAAAGAGGCAAUUCUGGCACGAAGAGGAGAGGAUUCUGAUUACAGAUCACAGCUGUCCAAAAAGAACUUUGAGCUUGCCCAGUAUCUGGAUGAAAUUCAGAAUUUGACUGAAGCUAAUGAGAAGCUGGACAUCCAGAACCAGGAAAUGAGGAAGAAUCUGGAGGAAUCGGUGCAAGAAAUGGAGAAGAUGACUGAUGAAUACAACAAAAUGAAACUCAUUGUGCAGCAGUCUGACAUGGUUAUGGACCAGUUAAGAAAAGAGAAAGAGCAAUACAAAUUUCAGGUUCAGGAGCUUUCAGAUGAGCUGAAGGCAAGGAAUGAGGAAGAUGAUCCACUCAUGGCAGCUGUGAAUGAAAAAGUUGAAGAGUGGAAGAAAAUCUUAGCUGCAAAAGAUGAUGAACUGCUAGAGUAUCAGCAAAUGGUGUUGAACUUGAAAGAGAAAAUGAAAAUGGCCCAACUUGAUGUAGACAGAAACAGUAUCAUGGCCCUUCAGCAGGGUGUGCAAGACAGAGAUGCUCAGAUCAGGUUGCUCACUGAGCAGGUUGAACAGUACACCAGAGAAAUGGAGCAAAGUGCAUUUGUGAUGGAGGGGUUAAAAAAUGAUCUCCAGAAAGAUAAAGGUCACUCAUCUCUUGCUCAGCAGAAUCAUAUUGAGGACAUGCAAGAAAAACUGAAAAUGCUAGAAGAGAGGACGAAGGAGGCUGAGAAAUCAGCAGAGUUAGCUGAAGCAGAUGCUAGAGAAAAGGAUAAAGAGCUUGUUGAGACCCUGAAGCGAAUGAGAGACUACGAACAGGGAAUAUAUGGUUUGGAAGAGGCUGUUGCUGAAAUAAAAGCUUUAAAAAGGCAAAUCAAAGUACAAGAUCAUGAGAUUGAAACAUUGAUUCAGGAAGUCAAUAAACUUGAACUUAAAAUAAAUGAUUUGCUUGAUGAAAAUGAAGAACUCAGGGAGCGUUUAGGUCUUGAGCCAAAGACCAUGAUUGAUUUAAAUGAAUUCAGGAACAGCAAAACACUGAAGCAGCAGCAAUACAGAGCUGAAAACCAGGUUCUUCUGCAAGAGAUUGAGAGGCUGGAAGAGGAAAGAAUUGAACUGAAAAAACAGGUUCGGAAGUUGGCUCAGGAGAAAGGGAGGAAAGUUGCAACAACAGGAUUGAGUGGUGUGGGUGUGCAGCUGCCUGAUGGCUUGACUGAAGAGGAGGAAAGGGAUAAGAAGUUGGAUUUCAUGCACAGACAUGAUAUUGCUGAAUUAAAAGCAAAGAAUGAAGAUCUUGCAAGUGAAUUAAGUGUGAGAGAGAGAGAUUUGGAGAAGAACAGGAUUGACAUGGCCAAACUGCAAUCUAAAUUGAAAGAGCUGUCAGAAGAGAACAAACACCUGGAGCAAGGAAUGAAAGAAAUACUGCAAGCUGUGAAGGAAGUGCAGAAGGAUCCUGGUGUGAAGGGAGGAGAGACAGCAUUAGUAAUCCCCACCCUGGAUCGUUUGGUUAAUGCCAUGGAAUCCAGGAAUUCAGAGGGGGUGUGUGAUGUGGGAGUGCACUUGAAAGCUCAGGUCGACCAACUUACAGGACGAAAUGCAGAGCUGAGGCAAGAGCUGAAAGAGGCUCAGAAGGAGGCCGCAAAUUCCUCUAACCAGCUGGCAAGUGCAAAUGAAAAGAUUAAACAACUGACCCAUGAAAUAAGCUCCUUACGUCGGGCAGAAGGUGCCAGUGCUGUCUGCCAAACAGUGACUCUCCCAGAGGGAAUGGCUCCUUCAAGUCUGAAUGUCAUCAAUUCUCUGAAUGAAUAUCUAAUCCAUCUUGUACAGGAACUGGAAAAUAAAGAGCAGUUACUGCAGCAAUUUGAAGAGGCAGUAGAAGGCUACAAGAGAAAAUUUGCAGUGCUUCGUCAUCAGCAAGGCUUGCUGUAUAAAGAAUAUCAAAGUCACAAGGAAAGCUGGCAGAAGGAAUCAGAAAAGCUGCAAGAGGAAAAGAAAAAGCUAGAAGAGCAAAAAGAACAGGAUGCUACCAAACUAAAGGCAUAUUCUAAUUUACUCAGUGCACUUCAGCUGGAUCCUGAUGAAACAAAGAAAGCCCUGGCAGAAACUAACAGGAAGAUCACUGUUCUACAAGUUAAUGAGAGGUCCCUGACCAGGAGGUACACCACUGUGCUUGAAGCAGAAAGGCAUCUCAGGAAGGAAAAUGAGAAACUCAAGGCUGAGAUAACCCAAAUGGAGGCUGCAGUUAUGGGCAGGAUUGGGAACCUGCAGCGAUUCAAGGAAAUGGCCAGCUUCAAGAUUGCAGCUCUGCAAAAAGCUUUGGAUGGCAGUGUCCCCCUGUCUGAGCUGGAGCUGGCUAAUAAGCAGUACAAUGCCCUAACUGCCAAAUACAGAGACAUGCUGCAAAAGGACAACUUGCUGGUCCAAAGGACAACGAAUAUGGAUCACAUGGAGCGUGAGAACGAGUCCUUGAGGUCGCAGAUGAACUCAUUGAGUAAGGAGCUGGAGAUCACAAAGGAGAAGCUUCACACUGUGGAACAGGCUUGGGAGCAGAUGGCUAAACUGGGGGGUGACAAUGCCAUGGACAAGGCCACGAAAGCAAUAACCAACAGCGAGAUUUUGUCCAUAUCAAAGAAGAUCACAAUGCUGGAAAUGAAGGAGCUGAACGAAAGGCAGAGAGCAGAACACUCCCAGCGCAUGUAUGAGCACCUGGGCAAGACUCUGAAGCAGCUGGAGGAACGUAAUCUUGACUUGGAAACCAAGUUUGCUGAGCUCACCAAAAUCAACCUGGAGGCACAGAAAGUGGAACAGGAAUUGAGAGAUGAACUGUCCAAGAGUGUGAGUAAGGCAGUGAGUGAUGCAGACAAGCAAAAAAUCAUGGAGCUGGAGAAGCAUGAGAUGGAGCUCAAGGUUGAAGUGUCAAAGUUAAGAGAACUCUCUGAUAUAGCCAAAAUGCAAGUGGAAGCUCUGGAGGCACGCCAGCAGCACAGAGAUAAGGAAGUGGAAUCUCUUAGAAUGCAAAUUUUGGACUACCAGGCACAGUCUGAUGAAAGAGCAACGACUGCAAAACUGCAUCAACAUAUCCUAGCCCUGCAAGGUAGUGAAUCUGUUGCUGCAGGCAAAGUGGGGACACUCCAACUGAAACUCCAGAAGAUGGAGAUCCAGAACCUGCGUUUAGAGCAGAAGCUUGAUGAGAGGGAGCAAGCCUUGUACUUUGCCAGGCUGGAAGGAAGGAACAGGGCCAAAUAUCUGCAGCAGACGGUUCAGGCUCUGAGGCGACAGUUCAGCGGCGCUUUGCCUUUAGCGCAGCAAGAGAAGUUCUCUAAAACAAUGAUUCAGCUGCAGAAUGACAAGCUGAAGGUGCUGGAGGAAGUUCAGCAGGCCCAAGAGGAGCGAAGGAACGCAGAAAACAGAGCACUGGAGCUGGAGUUAAAACUGAAAGGCUUGGAAGAAUUAGUCAGUGCACUGAAGGACACCAGAGGAGCUCAAAAGGUGAUUGAGUGGCAUAUGAAGAUGGAGGAACUCCAUCUGCAGGAGCUUAAACUCAACCGAGAGGUAGUCAAGCAGAAGGAAGAGGUGAAGUACUUGCAUAACAUCAUCUCUGAAUAUGAGAGUACAAUCAAUAAUCUGGAAGAAGAAAUUGUGCAGCAGAACAAGUUCCACGAAGAAAGGCAGCUGGCUUGGGACCAGAGGGAGGUGGAACUCCAGCGCCAGCUAGAUCUGCAUGAGCAGCAGCAGCAUGAAAUGCUGAGCACGGCUCUGAAGUUAGAAGAGGCCACAGGAUCAGUUCCAGACCCUGCUUUGCCACUCUCCCAACAGCUUGAGUUGGCUUUAAGAAAGAUUCAAGAACAGACUCGAACAAUCCUGGAAACCAGGGCAGCCUGCAGAUCACUGGAAGAGAAACUGAGAGAGAAGGAAGCUGCUCUGUGGAAGGCUGAGCAGAAUGUUUUGUCCAGAGACAAAGUCAUAAAUGAACUAAGGCUUCGAAUACCUGCAGCAGCAGAGAGAGAGCAAAUGCUGGCUGAGCUGGGGAAACCAGAAGAUGAUUCAGAGUACCAUCAGGCCAUGAGGAGUGCUCAUCAAGUCAUUGCAAGCCUGCAAGCAAGAUUAAAUCACAAGGAUGAAGUGUUAAAGAAAUACCAAUGUAUGCUUGCUAAAGCAAGAGAGGAACAAGAGGAACUAACAAAGAAGCAUGAGGAAGAACUCAGUGCUCUCUACCAGAAGUUACAUUCACAUGCUGACAAUUCCUUUCAUAAAUUCAAAGAGGAGUUAGCACAAAAGACUUCUUUAGCACUUUCCAACAGCCACCAUCUCCUGCGUUUAGCUGAGAUGGAGCAGACUGUAGCAGAACAGGACAGUGCUCUUGCUUCCCUUGUUGAGAAACUGAAGAAAACCUCAGCUGAUUUGGAGAAGCAAAAAGAAAUCACUGUCAUGAAAAGCAAAGAGUUUGAGAUCAUCAAAGCCCGUCUUCAGCAAAAGCAUGCAGCUGAUGUGGAACAACUGAAAGAAGAAGCAAAUGAAUUGAGGAAUGUGUUGUCUCAGGUGGAGAAGGAAUUGGCAAAUGCAAAAGCUGAACUAGAGGUCCAAAAAGAAGCAAACAACAGAGCACCCACAACAACACUGAAGAACCUGGUGGAACAGCUGAAGAGCCAGUUGGCCAUAAAAGAGAAGCAGCAGAAGGCUUUGAGCAGAGCCAUUCUGGAGCUCCGGGCAGAGAUGACUGCUAAUGCAGAACAGCAGAUCAUCGCUGCUGCCUCACAGAAACAGGCACAGAUCACUGUCCAGGAGCUUGUUGACAGACAAACCAAGGGGCUUCUGACACAGAUAGAGGAGUUGAAUAACCAGAUCACACAGCUGACAGAUAACCUGAAAACAAGUAAAAUCAGGGAAAGUUCAUUGUCUGAUGAAAAGGAUGAGCUGAGCCAAGAACUUCAGAGGAAACAAAAAGCAUUGGCUAAAAUGUUGGGAGAAAAGAACGAAAUGGACAAAGAAAACAAAGAACUGAAGAAACAGAUCAGGAGGCUCAACAACAGCAUUCAGAGCAAGGCUGAGGAACAAAACCUCAUAGAUGGGCUUCAAAAAAAAGUCAAAAAGUUGGAGAGUGAACUGGAGAAGUGUGAAGAAACAGGAAAAAAAGGUGUAAGAGAAGAUAAGACCUCCAAAGAGGAAAUAAUUCGAUGGGAAGAAGGUAAAAAAUGGCAAACCAGAAUGGAAGGCUUGAGGAACAAGCUAAAGGAAAAGGAGAAAGAUGCAGAUGCUUUAGCCAAGCAGCUGAAUACACUGAAGGAAAUUUAUACCAAGACUGAGAGAGAGAAAGUUGCUCUGCAGAAGAAGCUGAAAGCUACUGGUGUCACUGUGGACCGUGUGGUUGGAGUCAGAGCCUCAGAGACUGAAAAGGAGCUGGAAGAGCUGAGGAGACGGAACCUGGAGCUAGAAAAUGAAGUUGCUCACAUGAGAACCCAGCAGGCAAUCCCCAGAGAUUCUGUUGUGGAAGAGCUGCACUUCAAAAACCAGUACCUGCAGGAGAAGCUUCAUGUGUUAGAAAGACAACGCUCAAGAGAGACCUAUUCCAGGCCCUCGACAUCAGGAAUAGCCUCAGAUGAUCAGUGCAGAAGAGAACAAGAGCUGCUCAAGGAAAACUUGAGGUUGUCAACUGAAAACGUUGAGCUGAGGUUCCAGCUAGAACAGGCCAAUAAAGAUUUGCCAAGGUUAAAGGACCAAGUAGGUGACUUAAAAGAAAUGUGUGAGCUUCUCAAAAAGGAGAAGGCAGAAGCUGAACGAAAGCUGGGCAACAUUAGAGGGGCUGGUAGAAGUGGAAAGACAAUCCCAGAAUUGGAAAAAACAGUUGGCUUGAUGAAAAAGGUUGUAGAGAAAGUUCAGAGAGAAAAUGAAGAGCUGAAAAAAACUCCAGCUGUGGUUUCUCAUGAGAAAUUACUUGGUCUUGAACAGGAAAAUGAGAGGCUAAAGUCUGAGCUGGAGAAAAUGAAACUGGACCUGGGGGAGCAGCUGAGUGUGAGGCAUGAGCUGAAAACCAAAGGCAUGGAGAAAGUCAUAGCUGAAAACGAGAGGCUGCGGAAAGAGCUGAAGAAGGAAGCUGACAAUGGAGAGAAGCUCCGAAUAGCAAAGAGUAACCUGGAGAUCUUAAAUGAGAAGCUCACAGAGCAACUGGAGGAAACCCUGCAGAGGCUACAUUUGGCUGAGAGGCAACUUGAUGGAGCUGACAGCAAAAACUGGAAGUCCAUUGUCACCAGCAGGAUGCAGGAAACAAAAAUGAAGGAAAUGGAAGUGGAUAUUGCUAAAAAAACUCAAAGCAUUGCUGACCUUAAAAGGCUGCUUCAGGAAACGACCAAACGUGUGCACGACACUGACAAAACCUUAGAAGGCCUUAAAAAGGAGCUUGAGCUUCUCAAACACCUUCCAGAAGAUGCAAGCACAGAGCAAAGCCUGAUCAAGAAGCUUCAGCUUUUAAGAUUAACUAAUCAUCAGUUACAGAAAGAGAAAGCAGAGCUGGCUCAGCAGCUGGAGGAGCAGAAGCACCACACAGACACAGAUGCAAAUAUUCCACAAAAUGAGAAGUUAGUGACAAAAGUAGCUGAGCUCCAGACCCUCUUGAAAGCCUCAGAGUUGGAAAACCAGCAACUAAAGGAAGAAACAACAAAGCUGAGAAAAGAACUGGACAGCUUUGCCCCUUCUUUUUUUGAAGAAAUUGAAGAUCUGAAGUACAACUACAAUGAGGAGAUAAAAAAAAACAUUCUCUUAGAAGAGAGGUUAAAGAAACUUUCUGAGGAGCUUAGCAUUCAAGUGGAUAGCCCAGGCAGUACUUCUGCUGAUCAGGCAAGUGUGUAGGGGCCUCAGGACUGAGAGGGAGAAGGAAUUCUGGAGCAGGUCCAUUUUUGGUUUGGUUGGGUUUAUCUUCAAGUGAUACAAACCUGUUAAAGCCACAACAGUUUGGCACCUCCCUAAGAGUGCAGAAUUGCAUUAGCCCUCCCCACCCCCCAGAUUAGGGGCAGGAUUUGCAGACAGCAGGCUGGAUAGAAGUGACUUUUCCCUCUCCCAGCUCCCUAUCUUAAUUCAGAACAGUCAUUUGGGUCACAGACAGGUGUCAGGUGAAGUUGAAACUUGGAGUUGAGCACAUUUUUAAGAGUUUUAGGAUAGGUAUGGUGAGUUCCAGAUCAGUUAAGAAUAUGUAAUUCAGUCUUGCUUCGUGCUGGGGCUCUGGGUCAGGCUGCUGGCUGGCUGGCCCCACACCCCUGCUUACUUUUACCUCAACUUUUGAAGCUCUAAAAUCAAAGAACUGCAAAAAACCAAAAGAACCUCAACCAGGUGAGAUUCUUUCAGCCAAACUAAUGGCAUUCUGGUGUAGAUAAAUGAUUCUUUGUUGUAUAUACUGUAUAUAGCUGGCUGUACACUUUCACAGCACAGAUCAAGUAAAAGACCACACAAACAACC